GCUUGCAUGUUUGUGGAAUUUCAGUUUCCACAUGCACAUGCAAUUCUCAUAUAUGCAGAGUAUAAGGAGGCACUGAAUCACAGAAAACAUCAGCAGAGCUAUGUGAUCUAUGUGUUCAUGUGUUUUUAUAGUAAUGGUAUUUAAAAUGAAAUAAAAUAAAUUCAUUAUUGAUACAAAACCUACACUAUCUGGACCUUUAGAGACCCUCUAUGGGUGGUAAUUGUAUAAGUCUACAACGGGUCUAAGUUGCUAAUAUGUGUUUAUGGCAUUUGAUUGAAUACCAGUACUUGGAAAGCCAAUUAGUAGUAAUUUGCACAAAAGCAGGAGAAAUGUGAUUGUUAAUAAGCGGUGACUCAGAAGUACCAUUUACCAUUUGCAAUAUUCAGAAACACAAAUGUCAAUGAACAAAAUCAACCAAAAAAUAAAAUGACAAAAAUAAAAACCAUCCACAGUAUGAAUCAGAUAUAUCCCAGAUCAAACCUUAAAGUCUGCAUAAUGACAAAUGGUAGACUAUAUAUUAUAAUACAGAGGAGUAGGACUAAUUUGACAGCAAAACAAGAACAAGAGCUUCAUAUAAAGCAGGAACAUGCAUAACUUUAUGAUUAGAUGGCAAAAGGCCAUAAACACGCAAUUUAAGCUUCUCUCCAGAAGACUUUCUUGGCACUUUGCCUAAAGAGCGCGGGGUCGUUUCAGGUCAGGCCUGGCGUGUUGUUGUAAAGGAAGUGCAGAGCAUUCGACUCGCUGUAUUUCACUUCCUUGUUUUUCACGUGCCGGAAUCACAUUUGAGAAAUCAGACACUGACAAGAUGGCAAAGCAGUGAAAGGUUGAAGAGUAUGUAAAAAAAAUAAAAUAAAAUGUGUAGGUUUUCAUGCAAACAUAUUUUAUGCAUCUAAAAUGCACAAGGAGUCACCAUGCACGCUCACUGAGGAUCAGUCUGAACAGGGCGACUUUGAAGAUUCUGCAUGAGGUUAGAUUGUGGCCGGAACAAAAUGAAAUGAGUGGCUAACAACUGACCUCUUCCGCUGCACCACCACCACCAGCAACUUGUAGCAUCUAACCAGUGCCUCUUCACCAGCCUGAUACACAACGCACCCACAUACACACAAAUACCUAACAGAACACCAUCAGACUGUGACAUCAGGUGCAAGGGGAUGACCGACCGCAUUCACCACAUUAAUCUCCACAACUUUAGCAAUUCUGUACUUGAGACCCUCAAUGAGCAGCGAAACCGCGGGCACUUCUGUGACGUGACUGUUCGGAUCCAUGGUAGCAUGCUGCGAGCUCACCGUUGUGUGCUGGCUGCAGGCAGCCCCUUCUUUCAGGACAAGCUGCUCCUGGGCUACAGUGACAUCGAGAUCCCCUCUGUGGUUUCUGUACAGUCCGUCCAGAAACUGAUUGACUUCAUGUACAGCGGUGUGCUGCGGGUCUCCCAGUCUGAGGCCCUGCAGAUCCUCACAGCUGCCAGCAUACUUCAGAUCAAGACCGUUAUCGACGAGUGCACCCGCAUUGUUUCACAAAAUGUUGGCAUUGCUGGAUCUGGCAGCUUUUCCGUCGUCCCAGGCGACUCGGGGCAGGAGACGCCACGGGGAACUCCUGAGUCUGGCACGUCCGGUCCCAGUAGUGAUGCCGAAUCAGGCUACAUGCAAACAUCUCACCAGAGCAUUGACCGUGUUUAUUCCUCACUUUAUUCCAGCUGUUCUGGGUUGAGCCUGCAAAACGGUACCCGUGGAAAUCGCUCCCACUAUGCCAGUGCCGCGGUGACAGCCAGCUACGACUCACCCCUUCCACUACAGCAGAAGGAGGGAGGGCAAGACCCUGCCUGGAUCACACGCAUCCAUGAGCGUUCGCAGCAGAUGGAGCGUUUUCUGGCCACGUCAGAGACUACACACUGCCGUAAACAGCCUCGUCCCGUGAGGCUCCACACAGGUGAUAUUCACAUCAAGCAGGAGCAAGGGGACGAGUACAACUGCUACGGGCUUGAUGACUGCCGUGAGGACAGCGAACAGCUGGAGUGCGUCGAAAGUGAGCCCAAAGGUGAGAGCUUUGACUCCGGCGUCAGCUCUUCCAUUGGCACAGAAACUGAUUCUGUCGAGCAGCCUUUCUUGUCUGGGUUCGCUCGAGACAACUGUCCAAAUAAAGGCCAGCAAGGUGAGCGUGGAACCCCUGUGCAGAUCGAGGUCAACGAUUCAUCUCCCGAGCAGACUCAAGAGUCGGUUGAAGACGGGAAUAGAAACGGUCCUUCUCAAGAGAGUGGUGAGCUUGGAAUCCAUCAGCCGCCACAAGCCAACCUAACAGCACCACAGUCCAUGCCUGGUGGGCCAUACCUGCGGCCAGGUGAGCCACUUACCAGCAACCUGCGUAUGCCCCUCACCCUGACCAGCAACACCCAGGUAAUGGGAACUGCAGGCAACACUUACUUGCCUACACUCUUUGCAACCCAGUCAACCAGCGACAACAAGCCUUUCCUCUUCAGUCUGCCCCAGUCCAUUGGGAGUCAGCAGCCCCAAUUUGUGGCAGUGCCCUCUCCCAGCAUGCCUCCAUUCCCCAGCGGACUGACGGUGCUACCAGGUGGAAGUCAGCAGCAAGGUGGUGCUGCAGUGGGACAGCAUGGGGAGAAGAGGCCCUACGCAUGCACUCUUUGUUGUAAGACCUUUACUGCCAAACAAAACUUCGUGAAACACAUGUUUGUGCACACAGGUGAAAAGCCACACCAGUGCAGUAUCUGCUGGCGUUCGUUCUCGCUGAAGGAUUAUCUCAUCAAACACAUGGUUACACAUACAGGCGUCCGAGCAGACCAGUGCAGCAUCUGCAACAAACGCUUCACCCAGAAGAGCUCGCUCAACGUCCACAUGCGCUUGCACCGUGGAGAGAAGUCCUACGAGUGCUACAUCUGCAAGAAGAAGUUCUCCCACAAGACCCUGCUGGAGCGCCACAUGGCCCUGCACAGCACCGAAACCAGGGUCUCCAGGGUCAGUGCCGCCGGGAGCGCCGGAGGCCCCGCAUCCAUCCCGGUUCCGAUGGCUGUUCCUGAGCCGGGAGUGGGAGUGGUGGCUCUCGCCAUGCCGGUGGGAGCGGGCGGAGCAGGGGGUGGAGUCGCACCCACCGGAGUGGGCGUUGCUGAGGAAGCGAGCUGCCAGGAGGGGACCACCUACAUGUGCUCCGUGUGCCCUGUCAAGUUUGACCAAAUCGAGCACUUCAAUGACCACAUGCGCAAGCAUGUCUCCGACGGAUAAGUACAAAUAAAAAAAACUUGCGUAAACAUGAAAAAGAAUGAAAUGAUAACGAAAACGGCACUAGAUUUUUUUUUCUUAUAUUGGGGCAUGAAGAGUAAUGAGUAUAGACACUGGCACAUUAAGUUUUCUAGAAGAAAAAAAAAGAAGCGUUUAAUUUCUUUUCUUUUUUUUUUGUCCUUGCUAUUCUUAAAGAAUAAAAAAAAGAUGGUGGCCUUAAGGCUGUGUAGUUGGAUAAUGAUCCACUGGCUGGAUCCAUACUACUGGCCUCUAAAUGUAUGCUUUCCUUAAAUACUGAUUUAUGUGUUGAACACUACCGAAAGGCCUGCGAAAGAACACACAAGAAAAAAAAAUUUCACAUGCGCACACACA